AUGAUACGUAUAUUACAGGGCAUGCCUACCUUGAAACGAGCGUUUCAUACAUGUCUCACAGGGAUUGGGAACCCAGAGCCCACCUACAGGGACACGAGACAUAACGUGGGCUUGUUCGUACUAGAUGGCAUUAAAGAUUAUCUUGUUGGAUCGCAAGUGCGUUAUCUACCGUGUUCCAAAGUGAGCAAAGUACAUGCCCAAUACUUGACUGUUCCACCAGACCUAAUUCUACUCAGAUCUGAUGGAUCAUACAUGAAUGUCAGUGGGGAGAACGUAAUCCCAGUGUGGCGACGCAUCGAGAGUCAAAGCUCUUCUCCCUUGAAACACAUUGUGAUCCACGACGAUCUGGAGAAACCUCUCGGGAAUGUACAAUUAAGAGGUCCAGGGACCUCCUUACGAGGUCACAACGGGCUCAAGAGCAUUGCCAGUAAAUUGGGGGGCAAGAACACGUUUUAUAAGUUGAGCAUUGGCAUAGGGAGACCCCUAAGUAAGGACCCGAAGGCUGUGUCCGACUAUGUACUGGGCAAGUUCAUAACUCAAGAGAUGGACAUCCUACGAGAGAAGAGUCUUCCUCUGGCUUUGAACCUUCUGGGACUAUGA